CAUUUGGAAGUUCGUGAUACUAUACAUAAUCAUAAUCCCUCAGACAAUAUGUUAGAGUAUCCCGUUGCUCGUCAACUUACAAAGCAACAGAUAGAAAAUGUUAUAUUGAUGACUAUUGCUAGUUCAAGUUCUCAUGAAAUUGUGUUAGUAGAUAAGCUUCAAGAAG